AUGUCAUCCUACUUGAUCUAUUCCAAAGAUGAAGCAUACUCUCGAAGAACUGCGGCUGUCAUAGGUGCAGCAGAUGCCUCGCCAUCAUUGAGAAGAGUGCCUGACGGAGAAGAGAGUUUGGACUACAAAUUCCGCGAAACGGAAGGAAUCAAGGGCCCCGAAAGAGAAGCCGCAGCUGAAAAUUCUUCAGCAUCAGCUUCAAUCGACGACGAGAUACCAUCGCACCAUGAGUUGGAAGCAUCUGCAUCCUUUCUUGACGAAUAUCACGACCAUGGAGACAAGAAAAAGAACAUGCGAAAAAACCCGAGGUACAACCCAAGACGAAAGAAUUCAGGUGCUUCAACAUCUUCUUCAAAUGAUUCCAUACAGUCCUACCCGGCUGCAAAUAAUUCUAGAAUCAUGGAAAUCUACUGCUUACUCCUGUCGGUUGCUCUGCUUUUCACACUGGGACUGAUGGCUGGCCGUCAUAUUUGGGAGUAUCCAGUUUCGAGCAGCAGUCCUUCUUCUUCUGUGAUUUCAGGUGUUCGAGAUAGUAGUGACAAGAAUCUUCAGGACACACCUCAGAUUCCUAAGAUUACUGUUGGAACUUACUAUUACCCAUGGCACGGUGGAGACUUUCACAGAGGAGCUGGAUACGUCCGUAAAAGCUUGGGACAAAGCCCUGCGCUCGGCGAGUAUGACGAUCGUGAUCCCAAUACUAUCAGCCAACAUUUGGCAUGGAGCAAGGAGGGAAACAUUGGGCUAUGGGUGGCAAGCUGGUGGGGGGCAUACGAACGGGAAGAUAAUACAACAAGGACGGUCAUAUUGAAUCACGAGGAAUUGAAAAAAGGAGGACCUUUUGAAAAUCACAAGGUUGCUCUGUUCUACGAAACUUUUGGUAGAAUCCGAGAGGAAGACUACUACUCGUUACAUCGCAUCAAACCCGAUAUGGAAUUCAUCUGUGAACACUACUUGAGUCAUCCCAACUAUUACACGCUCGACGAUGGUCGCCCUGUUUUGUUCGUGUACCUGACAAGGCAUUUGGAGACCUUGGUUCGUUUCGAAUCAGUAAUUCACAUAAUGCGCAAGACUGUCAAAGAUGCCUGUGGGAAGGAUAUUUAUAUUAUUGGCGAUCAGAUCUUUGGGCGCUUUGAUCCACCAGGCUAUGAGGUCAGUGCCGAACAGAGACUGGUAGAAAAGGAAGAUAAAUUGUAUUCGUCGACUCCCACGGCCUUUGAUUUACUGGAUGGUGUCACCAACUACGAUGUCUAUGGGAGUAUGGGUGCAACUUUACGGACAUUUGGUGGGUACGUGGCGGAAGAUUCUGUCGCUGACUAUUACCUGACGGUACAGCGUAAAUGGAGGAAAUACGCCAAGGAGCAAAAAGGAUGCUCUUUCAUUCCAGCUGUCUCUCCUGGCUACAAUGACCUUGGAGUACGUCCAAAAGAAGAACACACGCCGUUGGCAAGAUCCUUGAAACGAGCAACCCGUGGUGGCAAAGACUCGGGCUCCUUCUUCCGUGUAUCGAUCGAGCAUGCCCGAACACUGGUCGAUCCGUCCGCAUCAUACCUGCUAAUGGUUAAUUCUUUCAAUGAAUGGCAUGAAGAUACACAGAUUGAACCAGUCAUCGGCGAGCCGGCGUCUACACCAUAUAAUAUGACCUUUGGAAUCGAGUACGAUGGAUACGGCACUUUGUAUUUGGAUAUCCUGCGGAAUGGCACAAAGGAUGUCAACAUUGUCGUUUGA